AUGUCGGAAGAUCCGCGGGAGCGGUAUGUACUGGUCACGGUGGGCGCCGUGGAGGCAGCCACCAUCGAGGCGAAGAUUGAGAAAUCUCUGUACACUGCAAGAGAUAUUCUCAGAAGACAACCUGACUUACCAAUUGAUAAGUCCCUCUCUCCGACACGCGAUAUAGGCGCUUCAUCCUCAACAUUUUUGAGUGGCUCAGCCCGUGAUGGCGGUGCAAUCACGAACCGGAGUACGGCAGCGGGCACAGCGUCUCAGGAUGUCCUACAGGGCAGUAGUCUCACAGCUCGCUCGUCCACGUCCGGUUUUGACCCGAACUACUCGCCGUCUAGUCCUCGACCAUUUCGGAGAUAUGAACAGGCGUUGGCAAGGAGGGCGAAGGAAGAAGCGCGGUUCUUCAACAACGCCAGGUUAGAUAGUAG